ACAAAAAAAGGGGGGGAGAGCAAGAAACGGUUCCCGCGAGGGAAACUCGGGUCCGCCAUGGCCAUCCCAUUUUCUCUCUCUUCGUUUCCUUUCUCUAUCUAAAGAGGCUUCGUGUUUCUCUGUCCUCCCUCUCUCUCUCUCUCCUUCUCGUUGUCUUCUGCGACAAUUAGCUCUUCUCUCUCUAGAUGUUUUCUCUCUCAAUUUCAAUCUCUUCCUCUUUCUGUUAUCGUAGUUUUCUUUGAGACAAUGUGUUCUUUCUCUCUCUAAGAGCUAUAGUUUUCGUCUGCAAUACUGUGCUGUUUUCUCUCUUUAGAGCAAUUCUCUCUCAAGACGGUGUUUUCGUCUGCAAUACUGUGCUGUUUUCUCUCUUUAGAGCAAUUCUCUCUCAAGACGGUGUUUGUCUCUCUCUCUCCAACGUUCUCGCUCUAAAGAUGGAGGCGGCCAUGGAUCUUAUGAGGAGAAUGCCUCCCAAACAAUCGCAGACGGCUCUGUCCUCAUUGUUAGCUCUAUUGCCUGAGCAUUCUCAGGAGCUUCUCUCUCGCGUGGACCAGCCAUUAGAGGUUUUAUGCGAUGUUGAAUCUGGAAAGGAGUUUUUACUGUGUGAUUACAAUCGAGAUGGUGAUUCACACAGAUCUCCUUGGUCAAACAAGUACCAUCCACCCUUGGAUGAUGGAUGUCAACCGUCUGCUGAUUUGAGAAAGCUUGAAGUUGAAGCCAAUGAUGUCUUUGCAGUUUAUCGUGACCAGUACUAUGAGGGGGGAAUAUCUUCUGUGUACAUGUGGGAGCCGGAUGAAGGGGAAGGCUUUGCAUCUUGCUUUUUGAUAAAGAAGGAUGGUUCAAAGUCCGGUCAAGGGCGCAGAGGUUACUUGCAAGAAGGUUUAUGGGAUGCCAUUCAUGUUAUUGAGGUGGGAGCUGAAGAUGAGGGGACAGCGCGUUACCGCUUAACUAGUACUGUCAUGCUCUCACUGACUACCAGUGAUACGGAUGCGGGUACCUUCAAUUUGUCUGGUUCGAUUACUCGGCAGAUGAUUUUGGACCUUGCUGUUUCAGAGGGUCAUCUUUGUAACAUGGGGAGGAUGAUAGAAGAAAUGGAGGGCAAGCUAAGGAAUUCACUCGAUCAGGUUUAUUUUGGUAAGACAAAGGAGAUGGUUUUCAGUCUACGACGACCUCCUGACAUGAUGCAACAACAGCAAGACAAUUUACUUGUAAACUACUCUCACUAAAAAAACACAUGCACAGAUUUCUGGUCACAUCAUUCUGCAUAUUUUUACCACUGUAAAGUCAUUUGUAGAUCUGGGUUUUUGUUGUGCUCAGAGUCAUUUGUAGAUCUGGGUUUUUGUUGUGCUUAGAGUCAUUUGUAGAUCUGGGUUUUUGUUGUGCUCAGAGUCAUUUGUAGAUCUGGGUUUUUGUUAUGCUUAGAGUCAUUUGUAGAUCUGGGUUUUUGUUGUGCUCAGGUUGAUAUCUUCAAUCCCUAUUAUCACAUUAAAUCUUUUUUUUUUGGGUCAGCUUAUAGCAUAAGAUUUGUAAUAUCAAAGCCUUCUCAAACUGGACUGGUAAUGUUCAUCUGAAUGGUCUUCUUGCAGCAGACUUUCUAUGAGUUUGUAAGUUUUAGUGUA